AUGCAGAUUUAUAAAGCUAGUGCGGUCUCUCCACAUGGAAGACAGCAUUUUUAUUCGUUCCUGUUAAUUUUAUUCCUUCGACUUACAUUUACGUUUAAAUUCUCUUUUCUUUCUUUCUUUCUUUCUUUCUUUUUUCUUUUUCCCUCCUUUUUAUUUCUUUCUUCUUUUUUCUUUUUCCUUCUUUAUUUUUUCUUCUUUUUUCCAUCUUUCUUUCUUUCUUCUUUUUCCCUUCUUCUUUAUUUCUUUCUUUUUCUUUUCCACUCUUUCUUUAUUUAUUUCUUUUCCCAUCCUUCCUUUUUUCCAUCUUUCUUUCUUUUUUCUUUCUUUCUUUCUUUCUUUCUUUCUUUCUUUCUUUCUUUCUUUUUCACUUCUUUUUUCUUUUUCUUUUCCCCUCUUUCUUUAUUUCUUUCUUUUCCCAUCCUUCCUUCUUUUCUUUUUUCCAUCUUUCUUUUUUCCAUCUUUCUUUCUUUCUUUCUUUCUUUCUUUCUUUCUUUCUUUCUUUCUUUCUUUCUUUCUUUUCCCUUCUUUUUUAUUUCUUUCUUUUUCUUUUCCCCUCUUUCUUUAUUUCUUUCUUUUCCCAUCCUUCCUUCUUUUCCUUUUUCCAUCUGUCUUUCUUUCUUUCUUUCUUUCUUUCUUUCUUUCUUUUUUCUUUCUUUCUUUCUUUCUUUCAACACUACCGUCAACCACAGUACCGAUUUCUUUGUUCAUUUCCAGUGUUUUGUUUUCUUCCCUCGUUCUUUCCGUACCCAGCCUUCUAUCUGA